AUUCCGAAAAGCGUCAUAAUGGCGGAAAGACAAAGUAAACCAGCUAGUGCUGUCAGUCUUAGUGUUUCCAGUUCACAAGAGUAUGUAAAGCCAUUUGAAGAUCCAUAUAGCAAAGCAAUUAGCUAUUUGGAGAAGCAUAAUAUUUUACAAUUAUUUCAGGUAAUUUCUUUCAUCGAAUAUUUUUUUAAAGGUUUCUUAAAAAAAAAAAAUUAUAGUAGACGCAGACCUAUUAAGUAUUAUUUAAUUUAAAAUAGUCCUAAUAAUACCCUUUUUUGUUUUCUAUUAAUGAAUGAUAGAAAGUCACAAUGACUGAGUGACUAGUAAUUAGUUCAUCCGGCACUCCUCAGAAUGGUGGUCCCAAAAUAAAAAUUGAAUACUUACUUUUCAUUAGAAUAUUUAGAAUGAGAAAGUGAAAGAGUCUAGUUACCAGCCUUUUACUAGCCGCCAAUAAUUGGUGACAUAAUUUUUGACUUCAAAUUUUGUUUGCAGACUAAUUAUUGCUAGUAAUAAUAUAAAAUAAACAAUAUCACAUUUCAAAUAAUGUUUUGUCAGGAAACAUUCUACUAAUGUAUGACACAAAGUAAGGACCUCAGUAUCGACCAGAAAAACGGGUAUCCUAUUUUCGUUGUCAUAAUGGCGACCUCUAUUUUUUAAUUUACUGAGGGUAACGUUGUUUCGCGUUUCAUAAUCGAUUUUUAGCAUAAUAAUAUAAUUUUACUUCCGCCAAUUACUUAAAGCCGACAUCUUUCCUGUUAUAUUAAGAGUUCGUUUGAUUUUUUGGGUCAAGAUUAAAGCUUUGAAAAUUGAAGUUAAAAAUUGGUCAACUUCACUCAAGAAUAACUUUUUUUUAAAAAUGCGCUCAAUAUUAAAAAAAACUCCACUCAUAUAAUUUAUAGGUUCAUUUACAACAUAUCCAAAAUUCAUGAGUGUAGACCAUGGGUGGGCUUCAAAAACGAAUUUCCAAGAUGUCAUUUUUUAAGGCUAUGUAAUUUGCCAUCAUGGCCACCGUGCUUGUCUGCUUAUUUCCAAUUAUCGAUAGCAGCCGUGGGGUAAUUAAUAAUUCAUUAAGUUGGUUAUCCAAAGUGUAAAUGGGAAAUGUAACUAAUAAUAAAUCAUUUUAUAUAAAUAAAAAAUAUUUUAUAACAUAAAUAAUUAUUAUUGGCUUAUUGAAUAUCAGUGAUUUUAAUUUUUGGGUUGGUUGCCAUGGACCUGGCUGACACUGACAUGGGAAUGAUAAGCUGUUGUCUUUGACUUAGAUAGUGAUAGGCUUAGUUGAAGUAUUAUAAUAGUAUUUAUACUAUUAUAAAUGAUUUAAGGAGUGGGAUAAAUAGUUUUUAUUACAACUAAUAUAUUUAUCAUUUAUAUUAGUUUAUAUAUUUAUAGAUAAAUAUUUAUUUGUAUAUAUAUAUAAUGACCAUUAGGCUUAGGCUAUAGGCCUUGUAUACAUAUAAUAUAGUAUAAUACAAAGUAUACUAUAUCAGGGUUAAGGCCUAGACCCAACCCAACUAAUUUGUAGGGCCUAUUAUAAUAAAUUAUAUUUAUCGAUAUUUUAGGAUAUCUAAUAAAAUUUAAUGAAUAUUGUGAUUCUUACUUAAGGCAUAAACUAAGUAAAACAUUUUGAAAUAUUCACUUACCUUUGAUAUUGAAAUAUCCUAUAUUUAAUCACAUAUCACAAUAUUCCACAAGAGAAUUAUUAUAUAAUCCUCGGUUUCUCAAAGAAAAAACACACUUUCUGGCACUACAAUCCAAGAAUUACUUAAGAUAUUAUUAAAGAACAAUCAUAAAAACCUGUACUUACCUCUAGUAAAUGACUAGAACUUAUUUUAUUAACAGCUAAAGUCAAAGUUGAUUCUAAUAAUACAUGUUGAUUUGUAAAACAAGAUUACAAACUUAAAAUAAAUGACAUGCUGAUUGUUUUGUCAUACUCAUAGGAAUAAUAUAAUAUAUAGUAUACAUAUGUAGAAAAUGUUAAAAUAAAAAGUGUAAUUGUCAAUUUUUAAUAAAUAAAACAAAUAAUCCCUUUAUUAUUUGUUUAUGCUUAUAAAUGCUAAAAAAUUCCACAGAAAAUCUGCAAUUAAUAUCUAAAGAAUAUUAUUAUUAUUAUGAUUUUUGGGAAAUUAAAACAAAAUUUUAAUUAAUUAAAUUACAAAUAAGUGAUGAGUCAGCAUUUUUAUACAUUUUUAAUAGGCAAAUAAUAACGUGUUUUUUAAAAAAUAUUUGCAGCACAUAACAAAAACUAACAUAUAUUUUGUGGCUUUAUUUAGAAGUACUCUUAUUUAACUAUGUUCCCUGUAAAUAUUAUAUUUUUGUCUCAUUUUAUAAUAAAGUUAUAGGCGUUAAAAAAAAAGCAAAAUGAGGGUCACAAAAUGUUGAGGAAAAUCCCAUAGUAAAAAAGUGGUUUUGAGGUCCCUACUAAAAAAUUCAUAACUUUUGAACCACUUGAGCUAGAAAGUUGAUCUUGGUGUUUUUGUAAUCUAUUCUCCAGGCUCUAUACAGCUGUAGUAUUUUUAUAUUUUUAAAAAUGUUUUGAAAUUUUCAUCAAAGUGGCUACACAAAGCCAAAAGCAUUGUAUGGUUUGGGUAGUGUGACAAUUUUCAACAGUACAAUGAUAACUUUUCUUUAUUUUUAUUCUUCUUUAAACCAAAAUUUUAAAAAUUUUCUUUCUGGAAAUGGUGAUGAUGAAGAGGCUGAUGAAGAUCAUGAUCUUCAUAAAAAGAAAGCAUACAUUUAAAUAGAGCAUUAGACUUAAACAAAUAGGCCUAUGUCACCAAUUAUCGGCGGCUAUUAGGCUGGUAGCAGGACACUUUCUAAUCAAUAGUAUUCUAUUUUUUAUUUGGGACCGCCGUUCUGUGGAGUGCCACUCAUCCUAUAAAUGUACUAUAUUACUACUAAGAUUAGGCUAAGUAUUAUAGUGACUAUAGACUAUAAUUAUAGUAGUGUAUAGAAAUAUUGAAUUUAUUUUCAAAGUAACAAAGUCAAAAAUUCAAGAUAAAUGGUAUGUCAACACCAAGACAGAGGCAUAGGAGGCAUCUGACCCAUUCAUUCUUUAGGCUUAGGCAUAUAACUAUAGGAUGAAGCAUAAUUGCUAAAAAAGAAGUAUAUCUAAUAAGAGAGCCUAAACAGGAGAUCAAUAAAAUGAACCCACUUCAAAAGUCUGUAUGCUUAGACUUAAAGAAGCAGAGAAUAUCUUCUAAUGUUGACAUAUUAAAGAAACUAAAUUUAUUGAAAUUGUUCCAGUUUAACAUUUUAAAAUAUAAUUAUACUUUAUAUAAUCAAUUAAAUAUUUUUUUUAGGAUAUUUUACUAUAUUGCUACUGCCUUAAAACUACACUAUAUUAAAUUUUAAGAUGCUGAAGUGUUGUUAAUAGCAAAAGCUGUCCAUUUUGUUUUGUCAUUCACUAUCAAUUUUAUUAUAAGUUAUUACUAUAAAGCAAUUUUUCUCAAAGUGGGGUCUUUUGCCUCAAGGGGGAAAAUGGGACUGCUGGGGGGUGGUUAAAAAUGUUCCAUAGUCUUUAGUGGGAGGUAGGAUUACUUAAAGGGGUGCUGGUGAAUUUAGCCAUCAAUCCAUCCCUUUGGUGUUACAGCCCAUGUAGUGCUUUGGCUGCCUCACCACUUCCUUCAACUUGGACCUAAUGCUUUUGUUUUCUAUGCUUGGAUUCCCAGCUGCUGUAGAUCUUUUUCCACUUCAUCCAUACACCCAGUGGCGUAGCGAGGGUGUUUGGCGCCCGGGGACAAGAUCCAUUUUAAAGCGCCCCCUUUUCUUUUUUUCAACUCUCUAACUCAUUAUUUUUACCAAUAAUAUAAUAUCAAAUCACAUUUUGGCGCCCCUAACUAGCUUGCGCCCGGGGAAUCUGUCCCCAUCCCCCCGCCAUCACUACGCCUCUGCAUACACCUAAGCCGAGGUCUGCCUUUGAGCCAUUUUCCUCUGAGGUUUUGGUGGUGCACCCUCUUCACUCUUAUGUUAUUUGGCAUUUUCUUUAAGUGUCCUGCCCAGCAUAGCCUGCCCUUUUUUAUUUCUGCUACUAGCAUGGGAUCCUUAUAUAGACUAAACAAUUCCUGGUGUGUUCAUAUUCUCCAUCCAAAUUCAUGCUUUGUUGGUCCAUAUAUUUUCUGGAGAACUUUUCUCUCCCAUGUAUUUAACAAGUUUGCUGCCGUUUUUGUUAGGGUUCGAGUUUCAUUUGCGUAUGUUACAACCGGUCUGAUUACAUUUUUAUAUAUAGUUUUCUUUGUUUUUCUUGUAAUGUUUUUACUUUUGAUUAUUUUCUGACUACUGAAGGAUGCCCUGUUUCUGGCCCAAACUCUUUCUUUUAUUUAUGUUAGUAAUUCAUUUCUUUCUUUUAUUAAGAAUCCUAGGUAUUUGAAUUGAUUUACUUUUUCAAAAGUGUCGUUUCUAAUUUUAAUGGUUUCAUCUGUCUGUUCUUCUCUUAUCAUAGUCAUGUAUCUUGUUUUUUUGGCUGUUAACUUCCAGCCCUGCCUGUAGUGAUGCGUCUUCUAAUUCAAUAAAGGCUUUUGAUAUGUCUUUACUACUUUUCCCUAACAGAGCUAUGUCAUCAGCAUAUGCAAGAUACUGAAGGGGUUGACUGUAGAUUGUCUGUGGGUCUUGGGUCUCUCUCAGAAAGUAUCCUGGUAUUGUUCCUCAGCUUGUCAAUAAUUGUCAAUAUGUAUGUUUCCUAUAACUCUCUCUAUGUUAGGUUAAAUAGCAUACAAGACAGUGAGUCUCUUUGUCCUAGGACUCAUCUAAUCUGAAAUUUCCUUGAACAUUCUCCUUGAACCUUGAUUUUUUCUUUUUGAGUUGUUUAAUGUAAUAUGCAUCAGUCUUGUCAGUUUGUUGGGUAUACCAAAGUCCUGCAGAGUCUCAUAUAGAUAUUUACUUUUGAUGCUGUCAUAGGCAAUUUUAUAUUCCACAUAAAGUUGAUGUACUGGGAUAUUAUAUUCAUAACAUUUCUCUAAUAUGCAUCUGAUGGUGAAAAUCUGAUCAGUUGUUGAUCUGUUUUGUCUGAAUCCACAUUGGUAGUCACCUAUUUAGCUACUUAUUUAGCUAUGCUAACUUUUAAAAAUCAGAUUAUUAUAAUUUUUUAAAUUAAUAAAUAAACACAAUUUGAUCAACAUUAGACACAGCAAUAACAAAAAGUGUUUAAUUAUCAGGGAGGGGAUACAGAAAUAAAACAAGUGGAAUCUAACUCUUAUUAUUUCUAUUAUGUUUUAGUUUCAUAAAUGUUAUUGUAAUGCUUGAUUCAGGUGUCAAAUAAACAAUGAUUAUAUAAGAGAUUAAAUAAAAAAACUGAUAGUGCAUAGUUUUAAUCUAAAUUUUAUGGAGAAAUGGUUCAGCUAGAUCUAACAAUGAAUUUCACUUGUUAUUCAUAUCAAAAUAUCUAAAGCUAACUGUUUAAAAAAAAAAAAAUUAAACUAAACUUAAUUACAAGCUACCGGGUAUUUAUUUUAAAAACUUCAAUGUAUUCCAAUUGAUUAUGUUAUGUAUAAAAAUAAGAAUUAAUAAGAAUCAAUUGAAAAACACUUAGAAAAGCUUUUGUUGAUAAUAUUGUAACUAUGUGAUACUAUUUUUUUUAUUAUCAUUUCACAGCAUCUGGUGAGGGAGAAUCAAUAGAAAUAAGGAAAUCAUUUCAUUAAAUUAAAAAAAUAUAUAUAUUAAAUAACAUUCUGAAUAAAAUGGCAGAAACAGAAAUAAAAAAUGUAUACAAUUUACAAUAUACUUUGGAAUGUCUUAGGUAUGGAUUUAUACAAGCAUAAACAAACAAGCAGAUGCCAUUGUGACUGAUAUGCCAAAAGCAGUUGCAUAGCUAGGUUUAGUGCCAACAGUGCCUAGCAUAGAUGGUUAGCGUGAAAAAUUUCAAAAUUUAUUGCGAAAUCUGGAAAGCCCAUGCCAUUGGUGAAGAAUUCAUCCUACCAGCAAUUAGGGAAUUUCUGACUGCUGUUUAGCAUAAGUCACCACAUGAUAUAAUUGAGAUGAUUGCUGUCAGUAACAGUUCAAUGAAAAGGUGUGUAGAUGAAAUGGCUGAGGAUAUUGAAUAUAAAUUGUGUAGCAUACUAAAGUUAACAGAAUUUGCAUUUCCUCUAGUUGAGUCAAAUUCGCCAGGCAAUUAACUAAUUAUAAGAGUGUUGGAAUAUGAUAAGGCUUUCAAUUAGAUUAAUGAGACACAAAUACUUUGUGUAAAUAAAACAAUAUAGGUUAAGCUUGAAUAAUGGUUACAAAGAAUAAAAAUGGAAAUGUUUUGGUAGAUGCCUUCUUCAUUACACAGUACAACAAAACACAUUCAUACUUCAAAAGUUGUGGAUGUGGUGUGGUAUCGGUAGGUCGAGAUAAUCAACUUUAUUUUUAAAAUGUCCAAGCAUAUGUAACUCAUUUUCAUUUUAUGAUAUUAUAAUUUUCCUUAAAGGCUGGUGAAAAACUACUAAGCUGAACAUUAUUUUAACGGGUUAAGAUGAGAUGAGUGGGGGGGGGGUAGGGAUGUGUUUAUGUCCCCAAGGGUGUGGUGGACGAGAUUUUUUAUUGAGAACCACUGGUAUAAAGUACAAUUAAACUUCUUAGUUGGUUCAAGUUUUCUAUAUUUAUUAUGGCACCUGAAGAAGACAUUUAGCAAAAACAUUCCUUACUUUGUUUUUUUUUAAUGUCAAAUGAAGCUCACCAGUAGUUCACCCCACUUGGUUACAGAAGCUGUCCCUACUUGGUUAUAGUAACUCACCCUACUUGGUUACAGUGUAAUUUAAUAAGGGGAGUAUUGCGAUCAGGUUUAGCAAUAGGAAAUAUAAAACAAAGGGUUGGGGGAAAACCUGAAAAAAAUCUAAUAAUCUUUUCUUUUUCAAGUUUUCUCUUGACACAAAUAAAAUAAAUUCCUUAAAAUUUUAUCAUUCUUUAUUUGUACUGUUUUUGUUUGCUGACGAAGGCAUUUUGCAAACACAUUAAUUUUUUUGUUUUAUCUGCUUUCAGGUUUUUUACUACCCUGUGUUUUAUAUUUCCUUCAAAAUAUGAAAAAUACAGUUCAUAAAUUUAAUGAGUAAUUAAUAAAAAAAAAUAUUGCUCUUUUCCAGACUUUAACUACUGAUGUAAUAUAUGACAAACCCAGUGAUCCCCUUGACUAUCUCAUCAAGGAAGUGCAGCAAAUAAAACAGCAAAAAGAGAAGAGACAAGAAAAUUAGAGCUCCUUUUUAUGCUUGGGAGAAAACAAGCAAUUUUCAGUAGUACAUUUUUUAUUUAUUCAGGGAUAAUUUGGAAUUGUUUUAUUUGUAGUUCAUAUUGGUGAUUUUGUAUGUUUUAAAAUUUCACCAAGUAAUGCUAAAACUAACAUACCUAAAGUAUUGAUUUGUGCCUAAACCUUCUAAAUACAAAAGUAUAAAAGGACAAAAGAAUAUAAUGCCUUAGUUUAUUUGACAAUGUAUUAUAACAACGUUUACUGUAAAUUUUUUUAAUGUGAAUAUGUGUUUGUCAAGAUUAGUGUACCAAUCUUCUCAGCAUAUUAUUUAUUUUCAUUGUUUUACAUUGACAAUUUUAAACUUGUACAAAUUAGCAUCAUGCUUGUAAUUAUGAAUACGUUUUAUAGUGUGAUUCUCUUUGCAUUUAUUAAUAAGUAUUACUAGACAUUAAACAAAUGAAC